AUGUUGUCACUGCUUAUCUGGCUGCUUCCUCCUCUCAUCACGUGCGAACUCCAAGGGAUCGCGGUCAAAGGACGCCUGAUGUGCGGCGAUAAACCUUUGAAAGGAGCACUUCUGAAAAUAAUAGACCGUGACCAUGAUGGAGACAAGGACGACUUGUUGGACGAAGUGCGAACGGAAGAAAAUGGAGAAUUUUAUCUAAAAGGAGGCACUUACGAAGACACGCAAAUCGAGCCGGCACUAAAAAUUUAUCAUGAUUGCGACAACAAACUGAAGCCAUGCCAGCGUCGUGUGUAUUGGAUGCUUCCACCAAGAUACAUCAAUAAUGGAACGAUAACGGAAUGGAUGGAUAUUGGAUCUAUUAACAUGGAAAUCAACUUUGGCAAUGAGGAGCGAGACUGUAGACAUAAGCGUCAUGCAGAGAAGUCAACGCAACUAUUAAGGAGAAAGAUGUCCAAAUCACGAUUGCUUUUUCAGUGA